CAAGCCCGCUCUUCAAGUCAAGUAUCAACAGCCACCAAAUGUCAUGGACGAGGCAGACCGCCAGCGUUACGAGACGCAGUCUAAGGAGCUGCGCGUGAAAUUGAAAGAAUGGGAGCUGGAGUUUGCAAAAUCUCACGGCGGCGCAAAGCCUGCCCGCGACGACAUCAAGGCCAACCCCAAGAUCGCCUCGUACAGCAAGAGAUAUCACCGGCUCCGUGACGUCCUCUCCGGCAAGAUCCCCCACACGCAAUUGGACGCCGACAAGCAGGACAAGAAGCGGAAACCACUCGCCGUACCAGAAAGCACUCCCUCGUCUAAACGCUUCAGGCCCGCAGAAACACCCUCCUCGAGACAGCAGACACAGGCGCAAACCACCCUGGCCACCCCUCACGGCCCCGCCGCCGCCUCGGCAGCAGCAGCAGCAGCAGCAGCAGCAGUCACCCCGUCCCUGAGCCGCAAGCUGUUCAGUCCCACCGUGCCUACCUCGAUUGGGCCAACACCACAGCGUGAUGGCCGUGUUCUGGGCCUGUUUGACUUGCUGCCGUUUAAGGAUGCCGAGAUUGACUCGCCCUCCAGGCCGAAACGCACCACAAAGGCCCCUCAUGCCGCCGACGCCGUCCAAGAGACACCGCGCAGGGGCAGGACGAUCGACACGGGCGUUGGAAUACCGAUUGAGCUGGACCGGACGCCCUCUUCAAGAAGCACGCGCCACCAACAGCCACAGCAACAGCCACAACAGACCCCCAGGAAGAGCGUCCUCUCCACGCCGCUGAAGGACAGUAGUAACAGGGUCGCCAAGACACCGAGCAGCUCCCGGUCCGUCUCCAAGCUGCAGUUCCAGACCCCGGCCUUCCUCCGGCGCAUACCGAUGUCCAAGAUCAGCGAGGACAACGAGUUUGCCUCGCCGGAACCGAUCCGCCUGCCGCGCAAGCCCCUCGUCCGCGGCCUGAGCAGCAUCGUGGCCGACCUCCGGAAGACGCAGGAGGAGCAGCUGGACGACGAGCUGGACGCGCUGCGGGAGAUGGAGAACGACACCGCACCCGCCGCCCCGGCCAAGAAACACGGCGCGGCACCGCCCGUCGAGACCCAGCCAGCAGCAGCGCCUCCGGGCCGCACGGCACGCGAGGAUGACCUGACCGAGGCCAUCUUGGCAGAGGACAGCCAGAAGCAGAACCUCGGGCUGCUUGGUGGUUUCGACGACGAGGGCAUGUACGACAGCGAGGACGACCAGCAAGAGGGCUUGGACCAGCGUGGGAUGCCACUCAGGGUGUUCAAGAAGAAAGGACAGAAGAGGACCACCAGGAAGGCCAACAUGAAGCCGGUCAUGACACGGAGGCCACCCGCCGCGGGCUCAAACCAGGCGCCCACACAAGAAGAGGACGACGAAACCAUCCCAGAGACACAACUCGGGAGGCCGGCGCCUGCACGGCCAGGCAUAGACGAAGACCUGGACCUUCUGUCCGGCUCCGAGUACGACGAUGACGAAGACGACGACGACGACGAGCUGGCUCUCGACGAGCCGCGGCUGGCAAACAAGGCCGCCGCGAGCGCCAAGAGGAAAACAGUACUACCCCCGAAGCAAAAGCAGGGCGGCGACGGCGGUGUAGACAAGCCAGAGGGCAGGGUCAAGAAGGCCGCGCGCAAGGUCAACGAGCUCGCACACGCCAACUUCAAGCGCCUCAAGCUGCGGAACUCGGGGGCCAAGGGUGGGCAGGGGUUCAACAGCCGCUUCAGGAGGCGGCGGUAGAGCAAGUUUCGGGUGGCGGAGUGUCCUUGGGGCUUGGGCACCUGCAGGCGUAGGCUCAGUAGAUACAGGUUAGUGGUGGGGUGGCAUCUGAUUUUCCGGCAUCGUCAGGAGUCCCCAAGAGUUGGGUAGUACAUGUAUCAGCGAUGGACUUUUCAGAUCCAACCGGCAUGACACUGUUCAAUUUACUUGCACAACGCAUGUCCCAAGACAAGCAGUAUAGCUUCUGUGGUCAUGAGGCUGGCCGCAAUAUCUUCCAGUGUCACUCAGUAGUCCCUUCUCAAAACGAAUGAUAUGCCUAUAGGUAGA